GUCGCAUUGUGUUUGCCGGCAAAAGCAGUCUUACUCGAAUUACGCGAGUGCUACGGCGUGUUUUCUUCUGUGUCUCUGUUUCUGCAGGUCGCAGGCCGCUUCCUAGAAGGUGAUUCUCGUACCUGAGCGGCUCGUUCGAAGGACGACGGUCGUCUCCACAGACGUUUCGAUCCCUUUGACUACUUGUGAGCGGAAAGCGAUCUGAGGAAAUUUUGACUACUUGUUCUAGCUGAAUCGAGGCUGUCGAGGCAGAAAAAGGUCAUUUGCAGCGGCAAGGUCGAAUUCCUCAAAAAACGGAAGGAGGAGGAGGACAGUCUACAAAAGUGAGGGUCUGAAAAAUUCCGAGGUGAUCAUUUUACUGGCAACUGAGCGAGUGUAAUGCGACGUCGGGCGCGGCUCUUUCCAGCAACACAACUGUAACCGACGAGGUGACAUUGAUGGAGUUCUUGAUGGAAGAGUAACGGACUUCAUAACUCAGAAAAAUGGAUGGUUGGCGAAAUGGCGGCUCCAAAAAGGGCCACUACAGCCCGCAAAUUUUGAUUUCUCGCCCAAUCGGCCGCCGACGAUGGCUGACCAAGGUGUUCAAGUCCAUCCUGGUUGUGGUGCUACUGGUCACCAUCUGCAUCAACGUCAUGUUCAUCAUGGACACGGCAGGCAGAUUGAAAGAAGAGGCGCUGCUCACAGGUGCCAGCGGCAGUGACGCGGCGGUGGACGCUGACAGCAGGCGAAACAACUUCCGUCUGCAGGAAAGCCAACCCAAAGCUUUAGCCAUCGAAGUUCUCUCGAGUCAGUCCAAAGUUUCAGUCACCGUCGACGGCGCCACAAUUCUGGAGGACGGCGAGGAGCACAAGGGUCGCGGGAUUCACGUUCUAGUUUUGAACCAGGCCUCGGGAAGUGUGAUGGCGCAGCGCACUUUUGACACAUACUCGCCGCACGAGGACGAAGCAAUGUCCCUUUUUCUGAACAUGGUCUCAGACGGGCGGAUCAUCAUUUUCGCUAUCAAGGACGAGGGGACGUUCCAAAUGAAGCCGCCGGCGCGCGACCUGCUGAAGCGGCUGGGGUCGCGCCGCUCGCAGGUCAUCGGCUGGCGCGACAUGUGGGCCAUGGUGAGCAAGAAGGGCGGCAAAAUGUUCGGCGAGUCGUACAGCAAGAGCACCGAGUUCAACACGUGGGGCGCGCCGGUGGUGCUGAGGGUGGAGGUGCCGCUGGUGCCCGUCGAGGAGAGCGAGUGCGACUGGCCGGAAACGGACGAGAACCGGAGGCGCCGCCAGUUCUGCAGCCGCAUCGAGGGCUACGGCUCCGUCUGCAGCUGUGCAGAUCCUGCCCCACUCAUCUUCAACCCCGCUCCUUUACCUCGUAGCCAGGUGAAUGAUGUGCCUGUGGCGAUCAUCGCAAGCAACAGACCCCACUACCUGUACCGCAUGCUGCGAAGUUUGCUGUCAGCCCACGGCGCCAAUGCCGACAUGAUCACCGUCUUCAUCGACGGCUACUUUGAGGAGCCCCUCGAGGUGACGAAACUGUUCGGCCUGAGGGGAAUCCAGCACACGCCGAUCGGCAUCAAGAACGCGCGCAUCUCUCAACACUACAAGGCCUCCCUGACGGCCACUUUUAAUAUUUUCCCCGACACUCAAUACGCCAUCAUCAUCGAGGAGGACUUGGAUGUGGCCCCCGACUUUUUCAGCUUUUUCAGCCAGACAAAGCGGCUGCUGGAGGAGGACGACAGCAUCUACUGCAUAUCGGCCUGGAAUGACCAGGGCUACGAACACACUAGUGAGGACCCGAGUCAACUCUACAGGGUGGAGACCAUGCCUGGACUGGGGUGGAUUCUCAAAAGGUCGCUGUACAAAGAAGAACUGGAGCCUAAAUGGCCUACUCCGGAAAAGAUGUGGGACUGGGACAUGUGGAUGCGUUUGCCGGAAGUGAGGAAAGGUCGAGAGUGCAUUGUCCCUGACAUUUCCCGAACGUAUCACUUUGGUGCUUCUGGACUGAACAUGAACUCCUACUUCCAGGAUGUUUACUUCAAAAAGCACUCAUUGAACACCGUCCCCUACGUUGAGAUGCGUGAUAUUGACAGUAUGAAGAAAGAAAACUACGAAGAGCUGGUGAUUGGUAUGAUAAAAAGAGCUACAGUCCUGGAUCAUAGCAAGUCGCCUUGCGAGGAGAAUUUUAUUCCGGAGAAAAGGGGAGGAGUUUUUGUUAUGUAUAUUAAAAUGGAGGAGCCAAAGGAUUUCGGAACCUGGAAGCAAGUGGCCAAGUGUUUCAAAAUCUGGGACUUGGACGCAAGAGGUUACCACAAGAGUAUGUGGCGAAUGCACGCCAAAGGCAGCGAGUUGCUAGUCAUUGGAGUUCCUAACUCUGAUUAUUCAAAAUACAAGCCUUCUAAUGUGACGCCCAUCUUUCUUGAGCGGCCGAAGGAGAAGCUCAAGAACAUCAUUAGAUAGCAAGAGAUGUAAAAAGUGCCACGAGAAUAAUCGUUAAUUCUGUGAUCUCCACGAGUUAGCGCCCCAGCUUGAAAACUCCUCCUUUCACAACUCGACUGAAUUAAAACAAAAUUGCAGCAAACCGUUGAGAGGAAAAUUUAAAACAACACUGCUAAUAUAGAGAUGUUAUAAGUGCUGGACACAAAAUGUGUGUUUAUAAACAAAGUUCAACUCGCUGCCGAGUGCCUGCAUGAGCUUAAUCUUCAGCACCUUUGAAUGUUGCUCAUUGUGAAAAUUAAUAAUUGUAGAGCGCGCGGGAAAUGCCGACAAUAAUUGACUUCAGAGAGUGAAUAGUGAACAUUCAGAGAAGCUGCAUAUCAGUGUCAAUAGCAAAAAAAUAAAAUGAGUGUGCAAGGUGAAGAAGAAAAUUAUAUAAUUUUUAAAUGUUGAAAAAAAAUCCAAAAUUCAACUUUUGCCUGGAUGUCUUGGCAUUAUUGAAUUUGAUUGAUUAAUUAUUCAAUGUGAUAUUAAUUGAGCAUUCUAAAAGGGCAUUUAUAAUAAAAAUUAUGUAGAUAUAUAGAUGUGCAAAUGAAUGUUGGAGCGCUGAAGAGAGAUGUUGAUUUGAAAUCUGUGAUCUUGCCUGGAUCAAUUACACUGCAACUGUAGAUUUUCUAUUAAGGCGAUUGAAGGAGAUAAGUUAAGAGUUUAAGCUACUCUAGUGAAUGUGUUGAAACCAAAAAUUAAUAUUGUUCAUUGUUAAGUAAAUUUCACUAAAAAAAUCCGACUCAUUGAAAAAAAAUAAAAAAAAAUUAAAUGAUUUCACGGUCUGUAACUUCAAAUGGCCAGUUUCCUGUCAAUGAAUCUGAUUAAAUAAAGAUCAAAAGGUAUUACAAAA